AUGCAUCAGGUGGAAAUGGCCAAGCAGCAAGCGAAAUCGUUCCCCCUCAAACUCCCGAUGUUGCUGCAGUGGCGUCGCUACCAGCAUCCGACAACUCCGCCGGGACUUCGACAGACGGCAGAGGAGGAGCAUCACAUGAAAGACUUCCGGAGGCAGUGUCGACACUACCAACGCCGCCAACGCCAACUGAAGGGCAAGUGGAAGCAGGGAAGGAGAAAGCGUUGGAGAAGGCUCCUUCGAAGGAAAAAGGUGUCGAGGAGAGUGUGCCCAGUGAUGAUAAAGCUGACGGCGGUGACAAGAAAGCUAAGCCCAAAGAAACUGUUCCGGCCCCAGCUGACACAAGUAAUACACCGGAUGGAAGGGCAGUGGAUGCAGCUCAAGUGA